UCUGAUCCUCUAGAAGACGUCUUCAACCUCGAAGGCCGCUUCUACGCCCAAGGCUACAACCAAGGCGUCGAAGAUGGCGCCCGCGCAGGCCGCAUAGAGGGCCGCUCAUUUGGCAUGGAAAAGGGCUUUGAGAAGUUCCUCGAGAGCGGCCGCCUUGCCGGCAAGUCUCUGGUCUGGGCAAACCGACUCAGGCUCCCUACAAGCAACAACAGCAACAACAACACAGCUCGGCAGACCACUGCCUCUGCCUCGGAAAGGGGCGCAGAAGAGGCAUGUACGCUGCCGCCGCUGCCAAACAAUCCACGGCUGGUGAAGAAUGUCAAGCUGGCGUACGCUUUAGUCGAGCCAGAUACACUUUCUACGGAAAACAGCGAUGAGGCUGUGCAGGAUUUCGAUGACCGGGUCAAAAGAGCGCAGGGCAAGGUCAAGAUUAUCGAGAGGAUG